CUCGUCUCCUCGUCAUCGAAUGGUAUCGGAUGGAGGGGGUCGAGGAGAAGACCCGAAGGUUCCAAUUCAACAGCUCCGAACGGGGAAAAUAUCACAAGGGCGCCCUCAUUCUUUUCACCCUCACUUACGGUCUUCCAGCCCGAGCCUCCCUUCCGAGAGCCGCUUAUUUGACAAUCCAUCUCAACCUGUCACUGAUCAGAAAGAAGAAAUUAAGAGAAAAUUUAAUAAUAGGAUAAGCGUUUACGGCAACCCGAGUCCCUACGAUAUGGAGGUGAGAGAGAAAGAAGGCAUGCUGACGAUGAUGCUGAUGAAAGAUAGAGGGCGCCAGAAGAAAAGUCGGCCUGGGUACGCAGUCCUGGCAGGUUCACAACUCAAAUACUACAAAGAUCACAAGAACUUUGAGCGGGAUGCAAGCAACCCUGAAGUAAGUCUGAACUUAUGGAGAACAGAGGUUGGCUGGACAAGAAGCAGAACGCCAGGAAAGAAACUAAUCUUUGAGUUGUCUACUGAUCAAGGUAUAUACCUAGUGCAAGGUGAAGAUGAGACAACAAGCCAGUCGUGGUAUGAAGCCAUCAAAGGAGCAGUAGCAGGUCGAACAGGGACAUUAACCAGUCCUGAUGAUAAUGAUGAUAACCUUUCACCUCUGACACCCAGUCCUGGCUUGUCCCCACCUAGUAAUGAUGUCCAUGCCAUGAAGAAGAACAACAGCAAAAUCAGAGGCAAACUCAAGAUUUUCUUCAACUCCAGACCCGAUAAGGAUGACCUGAGACGAAAGGGCAUCUUACAAGAGGAGAAUGUCUUUGGGAAGGACAUCAGGAAGCUGUGUGAGAAGGAGAGAACACCUGUACCGAACUUUGUCAACCAAUGCAUCAAGUAUAUCGACAGGAGAGGACUGGAGUGUGAUGGGAUAUACAGGGUCAGUGGGAACCUGUCUCUCAUACAGAAAUUAAGAUUCCAAGUUGAUCAAGAGAAACCAGUAGAUUUAGACUCAUCGCCAUGGAAAGAUGACAUUCAUGUUAUAACUGGCGCCCUCAAGCUGUACUUCAGGGAACUCCCCGAGCCUCUGUUCACCUUUAGUACAUUUGACAAGUUUUUAGCAUCAAUAACUCAAAUACCUAAUCCAGAUCAGAAGAUCCUAGCAUUCCGAGCUCUGUUUGGUGAGAUGCCUCGCGUAAAUCAAGAUACUAUCUUCGCACUCUUCUCACAUCUCAAAAGGGUGAUGGAUAACGUCCAGCACAACCGUAUGCCGGCCAAGAAUUUAGCGACGGUCUUCGGCCCGACCCUGAUGUGGCCCGAGAGAGAGAGUAUGAACAUGACCAUGGCUACCGUCUAUCAGAACCAAGUCAUGGAGUUUGUCUUAUUAGAGUUUGACAAUAUCUUUCGGUCAUGAGCUAUAACCCCAUAGACAUUGUUUUAGAGAACUGCACAGAAAACGGGUGGGACUGCAACUAAGAGUCUGGCCAAACUUGGGCAUUGGACUACAGCAACAUUUGCUUGGCUUCUGUCUCUCUCUCUAUACCAGAAUACGUGUGUUAAAGUCAUCUUUUUAAAAUAUAAAUCAAGUUGCUCACAGAUAUGUCAUCAAACGCGUGAUGAGAUAUGCAAGAGUUAUUUGGAAAUGUUAUCACCAUGUGUAUCAUGUUUGCAAAGUGGCAUUAACAGCUUUGCGACUUCGUGUGUUACCGAGUAAGCCCAAACCAUUUCAGAAAUGUUUGAGCAUCAUUUUGUAACAUUAUUCUUUUGCAUGGAAGUGUCUUUGAUGGAUAAUUCCAGAUCUUCCUCGAACCAGACAACUCACAUGAAGUACAGCUGAGGUAGGACAAAAAGAUGGCAUUGCCCAUUUAACUGCAAGACAGGAUUUUUAAGUGUGCACAAAAGUAAAUGUAUGAUAAUGCAUCCAUUGCAAUCGUCGAGGCUUUCGUAUGGUUAUUGAAUGUAUGUUGAGGAGACCAAUUUACAGCAGCUUUUCAUGAAAUCAUGGAUUGGCUUUUGAUGGCUUAACUUACACAAAGCAUUCCGAUCUGUCCGUUCAUGAUUGUUAUUUGCAAUGAUGGAUAUUGUUGAUGAAGUGUGAGAUCUGAUCACCACGCAUGGUCCUGUGAGCGAAUGAAACGCCUAACUGUCAAAGUAAGAAAGGCCUUGCGAACAUCCCUUAGGCGGCCUCUGGUUACCAGGUCCCACAUAGAUCAUAGCAUGGUCCCGAGAGCGAAUGGAACGGCUAACUGUCAACAAAAGAAAGACCUUGCGAACAUCCCUUAGGUGACAUCUGGCUACCAGGUCUCACAUAGAUCAUAGCAUGGUCCUGAGAGGGAAUGACACGCCUAACUGUCAACGAAAGAAAGACCUUGCGAACAUCCCUUGGACAACAUCUGCCAACCUGGAGAGUGGUUCAUGAAACAGCUUGUCAGACGUUUAAUCCAAUGGUCUUUUUGUUUUUAAGUUACCAUCAUAAUAACAGUGAGACACCUGUGUGCUCAAAUAGUCAAAAUCAAGGAAAUUUGGCAGGAUGGACAUCUUGUCAGAUCACAAAUAUUGAUUAACCACCUUCCCGGAUCAGUAAUUGUAAAGUAUGACCAUUUACUUGAACUGGGCCCUGUCUUGCGACUGAUCCAAUCAGCCUCAACUAUAUGGAAAUCCAUCGUCGUCAUAAUUUUUCCUACAGGCUAUUUGUAUAAUGUCUUUGUAAAAAAAGAGGAGCAUACUGAAUUGUCAAGAAACAAUGAAUGUGUGAAUAUACAUCAUAUCUAGAAAACAUUUUGAACAAACAUGCAUUUUAGAUGAUGAUGUUGCUGGCUUUCCAUAGUUACGGUUGAACGGAUCUGUUCCAACUCUUUGUAAGACACGGCCCAGUUCAGACAGAUGUGAACACGGCUAUAGUGUUUCAGAAAGUGAGUCCAUUGGUCAGGAAAUAAGCCAACUACACGCUUAUCAACAAUCUAUGCUUCACUGACAAUUUCUGCUAAUCAUGUGCAUUUAGAGUUUAUCAACAAUGUGGUAAUGAAUUUAACCUGAAAAUAGUUAAUUUCUCAAGGAGUAAUAAUUUCAGCUCUUUUAACAGUAAUAAUUUUAUACAUUUUUUUUCUGCAUAUUGUUUUUGUGAAUGACAGAACAGUUAUGUUUUGAUUGCUUCCACUAAUAAUCUUAUUAUGUUUAUAUGAAAAUGUCUUUCAACAGAGAUUUAUUUCAUCAUAUUUUAUGUUUAAAGCAGCGUGAAUGGGAUUUAUUCUCCCCACAAUGCAUUGCAUUUCUUUUUUUUCUGCAAUGUCUUCAAGAAAUUCCAUUCAGUGGAAAAUAUAUCUGAUGUAAAUCAUGUGACAUAUUGUUUUUUUUUUGCAUUAUAAGUUCUUUUAAGCAUAUAUUCUCAAUUCUAUUUUUGUAAUUCUUUAGUUACUCACGUUCAAAGGGUAUUAUAUUCACAGAUUUAUUUCAUUUUAUGUUUUAAGUACAUGUAUGAAUAACUUUACACAGGUUCUGAAUAUUUGUUUUCUAUUUUAUAGUAUGUAUUAUUUCCCUCUGCAUCCCUAAAUUCCCUAUAUUGUUUACUUACUUAUAGCUAUAGCUUAGACAGCCCUGGGAGGCGUUAGUAAUUAAUAUUUCCCUGCUUUUUUUUCAGUUAAUAGUAAUGAAUAUAACACGGAGAGAUUUUAUGGCCUUCAUCGGUAGCUGCAUGUGUUCUAUGUCAAGAACAAGAAAUGAGCUCACAAAUAGUUUGUAAUCGAUUUGAUUAAUCUCAAGUGAUGAUGAUACAUGGGAACUGUAGUCUUAAUUAGUUUGUAGAAUGGUCAGAAUAUAUCAAAUUGAAAAAAAAAAUUGUUCUCUGUUUUGCAAAGAAGAACAAUGGGCUUUCUCCACAAAUAAGCAGACUGAUAAUUCAAUGAAUGAAAGAACUUAUUGUUAACAAAGAUCAUGGACUGACUGCAAUUUACAUAAUAUAUAAUGCUCUUAUAAUACAUACGAGGCAGAUCUAUACAUUCUGAAUAGUGAGUAACAAUAUGACUUAUUGCAUGCUACUGAAACUUUCAAAACGAUUCCUGACUUUUGCAUUUAUCACAACAUCACAUUUUACUCGUAAGCAGAUAAUUUGAUAGGGAUUAUAUGAAAUGAAUUUAUAUAUGGACGUUAUUAAAAAGCUUUAGGAGUCACUGUAUAUUCCCAUUUAAUGAAUUGUAUUUAUUAACUUACAGUGUUCAUUUUACAAGGGGUGUACAUCAAUAAUGAUAAUGUACAGAUUUUUAAUGACACACCGCCCAAUCAUGGGCUGUUUAUCGAGAAAUUAGCCUAGUCAAAUUUAAUUGAUAUUUUUGUAUCUGUGUAUGAUUUUAUUGUAAAGACCAAAUCUAUUGUAUUCAAUAACAUUUUGUACUUAAAGACAGAUCUGCAAUAAGGAAAGAGUUUGAAUUUAAAAACCCAAUAUAUCUUUCACAAUAUGUACAAAUUAAAUACCUUUAUUUCAUUGUAUGCUGCAGGUAGCAAAAGAACUUCAAUUUUUUUUUAAAUCAUUUUUUUUCUUGAUAGGUUAAACCAUUCUUAGUUCUUAUGGAGUGCCAGUUUCCAGCUCAUUUAAACUACAAACUUGUGUAGUCUUGCGUUUUCCAAAAAUGAUUUGUUAUGAAAUGAGAAGGAAAGGACAAUGGGUGAUUUCAAGUUCAGUGUUGACCCUCUUGGUGUUGGUGUUAGGUCAAUUUUUACACGAGUAUACAAAUGAAGAUAUAAGUAUAAAAUGAAGAUGGUCCUGAAAAGUCACUCACUAGUUGAUGAGAUGUCAAUAAUGUGAUCUGGAUCAGUUUAAUAAACUUAGAAUAGGUUUUGGAGCUAGGGGAAGCAAUCCAAAUUAUGCUUCCAACAUGAACACCGGACUUGAAAUCACCCAAUGUGAGUACAUACAAUGAUUUUCAUCGAGUCAGUUAUUUGUGUCAUGAAUAUUGAAUACGUAUGAUGAAAGCAAGCAUUCCUUAGAACUGUGGAUUAAAAUUCUUUAUAACUAGUAAAAUUUGUUUUCCUCAUCAGGAUACAUGUACCACCCAUCUUAUUGUUUGAAUUAUACAAUAAUUCAAUAUUUCAAUAGAUAAACCUGUGCAUCUCUUUAAUAGUAACAAAGGCAAGAUGAAUGUAAAAUGCAGUGAAUAAGCCUGGAAAGAGGUGGAGCAAAACCUUCAAUUAAACAUCCAUAUAACUUGACACUGAAUACGUGUUAAAGUCAGCGGAUCAUAUUUUAAACUGCAGAAAACACUAUGAAAAUCAAGCUAUAUUUACAGUUUAGAAAUUUUGGACACAUGAGCCACUUUGGUGAGUGGUGCCUCAAACCUGUUUUCUUGUCUGCAAGUCCCACAAAGGCUUGCUCACUGUGAAAUCCUACUUGUUUAUCAAAAAUAUACAUUGUAUCAAAUAUGUACACACAACUCAUUAAUUUAUUUAAAUCACUUUACCAUCUUAUUUGGCCCAUCUGCAAAGUUAUCAUUUGUACGAUGUAUUUCCUUGAAUAAUAAGCAAUGCUUUUUGGAUAGUAGGGUUGAGUCCCCCCUCCAAAGCACUAUUUUGUGCAUCCCCAUUUAUGGAAAGAAUUAUGUAGUAUCUUAGCAUUACAUGAGCGAUUUUCAAGCAAAAAAACUAAAAUUCAAUGUUCAAAUUCAUAUAAGCCAUGCUGCAAAGUCAAAGGAAGUACAAAAGAGAGGCAAUGUGAUCGAUCAUUUCUUACAAUAUUGCCUGUGAAAAAAUAACCUGAUGUUUCAUUUGGAUUGAGAAAGUAAUUGAUUUACAGAAAUAAACGGUCAUUUUGCAUGAAGUAUAUUUUUUUAGUCGAUACUUAUUCAGAAGAGGUGAAAUGUCCUGUUUAGGGAUACACUUUUGUGUUAAAGAUCACAUAUUGUAUUCUAGCAGUAAUAUUUUUGCACUGAAUUUAUCACCAUAGAGACUUAAUACUUUAAUUGUAUACAGAUGUGUAGAUAUUGUGAAUUAGGUUGCUAAUAAUAUCCAGGGAAAAAUUCAGAAUUCAAUUCCUGGUUGUUUAAAUUCAAAUUACAGAAAUGAAAUGUUAAAAUUUUUUAAUUUGACCAUUCCGAGAAGCUCCUCUCUAAGAUUUUCUUUUUUUUUUAAAGGUCAAGUCCAUCCCAGAAAAAUAUUGAUUUGAAUAAAUAGAGAAAAAUCGAACUAGCAUAAUGCUGAAAAUGUCAUCAAAAUCAGAUGUAAAAUAAGAAAGUUAUGACAUUUUAAAGUUUCACUUAUUUUUCACAAAACAGUUAUAUGUACAACUCAGUGACAUGCAAAUGAAACAGUCGAUGUCCCUCACUCACUAUUUCUUUUGUUUUUUAUUGUUUGAAUGAUACAAUAUUUCAUUUUUAGCAGAUUUGACAAUAGGUCAACUCGAAUGAACCAUAGUGUAUUUAAACAAUGCUUAUUCCACAUGUUCAGGGAGGAAUUUAUCGUUGUUUCACUUGACAAUGAGGAGAAAAUUAUAAUAUUUCAUUCAAUGAAAUACCAAAUAAAUAGUGAGUGGGUGACGUCAUGAUUCUCAUUUGCAUACCGACCAAGAUGUGCAUAUAACUGUUUUGUGAAAUCAAGCGAAACUUUAAAUGUCAUAACUUUCUUAUUUUACAUCCGAUUUUGAUGAAAUUUUCAGUGUUAUGCUCGUUAGAUUUUUCUCUUUUUAUUCAAAUCAACUUUUUUUUGGGGUGGACUUGUCCUUUAAUUGUUGAAUAUAUUUACACACUUCUAUUGAAAAUGCUGUUCAUUACCCAUUUUUAAAGCAAAAUCAUAUUAAGUUUCAAUUUCUUUAUCAGUAGCUAGUACUUCAAUAUAAUUCAUCCAUAAUACUUGAUAAGUCUUUCCUUAAACUCCAUUUUCCGCAAUCUUGUUCUGUACAUUUCCAUGUGAUCCAAUUUGCAAAAAUUGGACCACUGAUUAUUCCUAAACUUUAAGAAGUCUUUCCUGAACGGCAUUUUAAGUUCCUUGUGUAUAUGCUUAGGUAUAUCUCUGUUACAUGUAUGUGAUAAGUUUUAUUACAGUAAUGGAUCGUUUGAUAUUUAUGAAAAUAUUGCCUAAUAAGAAAGAGUUGAUUGUACCAUGUACCACCAUGUAAAACGUUUGCUUUCACUGGGAUGUGGGAACAUUGCAUAUAACUAUGUACAGGUAGAUGUAUUGUUUAUAAUGACAAGCAUGUCAAGAUUUAUAAUUUUUUUUUCCAUUUGCGAAAAAUGGAUGAGACGGCGGAUGAUGGUAUUAAAAGAUACUGGGAAAUAUAAUUAAAAA